GCAUAUAUCGAUCUCAGAGCGUUUGCGAGAUACAUUUUCCCUCUCAGACUAUCAUGAUUCCCCUGGAAUAAAGUAUUAGAGCCAAGUCGUCUGUAAUGAUGCGAAUCGAUCUUAAUAGACGCUUGGUAUCAGUAAAGCGCCUUCGCCAGACAUUUUGCAUUCUGUACAUAACAGAGAUCGAUUUGCGCAUUAUGAGAUAGGAAAAAAAAGUGAAAGGAAUAAGUUGAUGAUGAAAUCUUUUACUGAUGUAAUUUGGGAUGAAAGUUUGUGGUUCCCGGGAGUGUUUAUGGGGAAAUCGUAUGGCUGGAAGGAUUUACGCAACGAGCCGGAAUCAAGCAUCUACCUCCCUCAGAUUUGGGAUCUGCAUUGGUGUAUCGUCGUCGGCGUUAGCUUUGUCUUUCUUAGGGUCAUCGUGGAAAGAUUAAUUUUAACACCUGUCGGGUAUUAUUUGGGAAUUCCAAGAAAACAACAGUGUAAAUUGACGCCAAUCCCACAACUUGAGGCGGCCUAUAGGAAGAACAAAAUACACAAACAGAAACACGACUUCCAGUUACUGUCAAAGCAAACUGACCUAACAGAGAGACAAAUAGAGGUGUGGCUUAAAAAACGAAAAAGGCAAGAUGCCACGCCUCCUAUUCGUAAAUUUUGCGAAAGCGGAUGGCAUUUUCUGUUCCGGACCAUAUCUUUUAUAUACGGCUUGUGUGUACUUUGGAAUAAAUCCUGGUUUAGUUCUAGUAAAGAAGUUUGGACAGGAUGGCCAAAACAGGAUAUAUCACAUGGUAUAUACUGGUAUUACAUGAUAGAACUGGGAUUUUAUUGGAGUUUGAUUUUCACGUUAGUCAGUGACCAUAAAAGAGCGGAUUUUACACAGAUGUUGAUUCAUCAUAUAGCUUCUAUAGUUUUGAUUUAUUUCUCCUGGUUAACAAAUUUUGUGAGAAUUGGUACGCUAGUUCUUAUAAUCCACGAUGCAUCCGAUCCCUGGUUAGAGAUUGCCAAAUUAGGAAUUUAUCUCAAAUGGAAGAAAGCUACUGACGGUUUCUUCACAAUUUUUGUCUUAGUUUGGACACUAUCUCGACACUUUCUGCUGCCUUAUUGCGUCCUAUACCACACCACGUACGAGUAUUUAGACUUUGUUGACAAACUGCCAUUCGUCUAUUACUUCUUCAAUUUCUUCCUCUACUUACUGAUGGCACUAAGCUGUGUAUGGUCAUACCAUAUAUACAAGAUGGUCUAUCAAAAACUACGCCAAGGGGAGGUAACUGACUCACGAAGUGAUUCCGAGGGAGACUCUAGCUCAGGGGAAACAACUUCAAAUGGAAGCACCGAUAAAGAUCACGUUAAAAACGGGAUAAUUAAAAAGCAAAUUUAUAAUGAAAAGAAAUGAUAAUGAUUAUUAUUUACAGAGCACAUAGAUUACAACUUUCACAAAAAAUUCUUGAUAGGAACUCCACUGAGGUCCACUGAGGUCCAAAAGACUAAAAUAUAAAAAUUGAAUUUCUUACAAAGCUGCGGCAAUUUAAACAGAAAACUAUGUAAAAGAUAUAUGAGAAAGAUACUCUGAAUAAAUUGAAUAUCGUAUUUUUGUGCUAUUUUUAGCCCGAUUUGAGUGUAAAGCGUUGCAACUCUUUUCAAUUUUGGAUCAUUUUUUUCACAAUUAGAAUAAUCAUUCUGGAAAAACCGAGUGAACGAAUGAUCUGAAAUUUAGCACACAUGUUACUGGUCUAGACCUACAUGUACAUUAAAUGGAACAAUAAUCUCGAAAAAUUGUUCCCAGUCCCGACAUGUCAAAUAAACCUCAGUGGAGUCCCUGAUAAUUGAUCAUUCAAAUUAAUGUCACGUGACCCGUUGCUAGUUUUCGGUGCUUCUUAGCAAUCAAUAACACUACAUUAAAUUUUUCAUUUUUCUUCCUUAUUUGAAAUUUAAUAUUUUAUAGUGGAUUGCAUUGAUUCUUAUUGUUAAAGGCGCAUUAUGCGUCAGGAAUCCACAAACCACUUAUUAAUGAAUCUUAAAGGCCCAUUAUGCCUCAAAACCUUUUUUAUUGUUGAUAUUUUGUUACAGUUACAGUUUACAAAACAAUUUUCUCAUUUACCAUAUAGAUGAACCAUCUUUUGCUUUCGUUAGCAAUGGGUAUAAUCGCAGAGAAUGUGUAUUUUGUAUGGAAGUGAAAAUACUACUUUGUUUACUUUUACUUUUUGCUGCCUUUACAACACAUUACUACACAUUCAGCGCAAUUUUCUUCAGCUGUUUUACAUCUCAUAAUUAUGUUCUAAAUCCAUUAUCAACAAAUUAUUAAACUUUUUUUUGUUGACAUUUCUAAAGAAUUAAAACAAAUGGAUUUUUGAGGCAUAAUGUGCCAUUUAAUUAAUAAUUUUUUUCGCUGUAUUAUAUUGUAUGCGUAAUACCUCUAUAAUGUUCAGCAUUUUUACACGUUUAUUUAUAAAUACCUCUACAUACAUGUAAUUUAUUUACAGUAUAUAUAUUUUGAACCUAUAGAUACCUCCAUAAAUUAAUUAUUUACAAUACAUGUAUAUUCAUUUAUUUCCAUGGACACUGCUUUACUUAUCAAACGUUUCAACUAAUAAUUGCAACAUAUUAUAUGAAUCCGUUUUUAUGUAAUUUUUUUAAUGAUACACACCAAAAACAGAAUAUAUGGAAUAUAGAAAAAUUAUGACCUUUGUUCACGUUGUUCUUAAGUAAAACUAUGAUGCAAAUUAAUAAAAUUAUUAGAAAAAU